AUGCCCUACACACAAUCUGGCUUUUUUUGUGACCGGUUAAUCCGGGAAAGGGAAAGAAAGGACGGUGAAGGAUCUGUGAACAAGCCUCUCCGAUUUAGUGGUCAGGACUUUAACAUCCUGAAACAGGAGUGCCUCCAGAAAAAGACCUUGUUUGAGGAUGAAACCUUCCCAGCUACUGUGGAGUCCCUCGGAUACAAGGAGCUGGGCCACAAGUCUAAUAAGGUCAAGAACAUUGUCUGGAAAAGACCCAAGGAGAUUUGUGAAAACCCACAGUUCAUUGUUGGAGGAGCUAGCAGAACAGACAUCUGCCAGGGAGACCUAGGUGACUGCUGGCUUUUGGCAGCGAUUGCCAGUCUAACUCUAAACGAGAAACUGCUGUAUCGGGUUGUUCCUCAAGAGCAGAGCUAUUCUGACAAUUAUGCUGGAAUCUUUCACUUCCAGUUUUGGCGUUAUGGUGACUGGGUGGAUGUUGUGGUUGAUGAUCGGAUCCCUACCAUCAACAAUCAGCUGGUGUUCACAAAGUCUGCAGAGAGAAACGAAUUCUGGAGCGCUCUCCUAGAGAAAGCAUACGCCAAGUUACAUGGUUCCUAUGAGGCUCUGAAGGGUGGUAACACUACAGAAGCUAUGGAGGACUUUACUGGAGGAGUGACCGAGUUCUUUGAGAUGAAGGAGGCACCCAAAGACCUUUAUAAGAUCAUGAAGAAAGCCUUGGAGAGAGGCUCUCUCAUGGGUUGCUCUAUUGAUUCCUUGGUCCCGGCUCGCUUUGAAACUCGUAUUGUAACUGGGCUUGUGAAAGGCCAUGCCUACUCUGUAACUGCUGUAGAUGAGUGUAAACAGAAUGUACAAAAAGUAUGCCUGGUACGCCUCCGUAAUCCUUGGGGUCAGGUGGAGUGGAAUGGACCUUGGAGUGAUAAUUCAAAGGAGUGGUCUACAAUCUCUAAGGAAGAAAAAGAAAAACUGCAUCAUCAGAAUGCAGAGGAUGGAGAGUUCUGGAUGGCCUUCGAUGAUUUCAAAAAGAAUUACACAAGACUAGAGAUCUGUAACUUGACCCCUGAUGCGCUGGAUGAUGAUAAGCUCCACAAAUGGACAGUAUCUGUGAACGAGGGCCGCUGGGUACGAGGCUGCUCUGCUGGAGGCUGCAGGAAUUAUCCGGACACGUUUUGGACAAAUCCUCAGUAUCGUCUGCGUCUCCUGGAGGAGGAUGAUGAUCCAGAAGACAAUGAGGUGACCUGCACCUUUGUGGUGUCUCUCAUGCAGAAAAACAGAAGAAAAGACCGCAAACUGGGUGCCAACCUAUUCACUAUUGGAUUUGCCAUCUAUGAGGUUCCAAAGGAGAUGCAUGGAAACAAGCAGCACAUGCAGAAGGAGUUCUUUCUGUUGAACACUUCCAAGGCUCGCAGCAAGGCUUACAUUAACCUGCGAGAAGUGACUCAGCGAUUCAGGCUGAGCCCUGGCGAGUAUGUCAUCGUACCCUCCACCUACGAGCCCCACCAGGAGGGCGAGUUCAUCCUCCGUGUCUUUUCAGAAAAGAGAAACACCUCCGAGGAAAUAGAGAACAGGAUUGAAGCCGACCAUCCAGUGCCGGAUCCAGCCUCAGCAGGGGAGGAGACCGAUGAGGACCAGCAGUUCAGAACUAUUUUUCAUCAAAGAGACGAGAAGGAGAUUUCAGCCAAUGAACUGAGGAAUGUUUUGAACAGGGUGGUAGUUGAGUAUAGUGAAAUGAAUACGGAAGGCUUCAGUCUGGAGACCUGUCGCAGCAUGAUUGCUUUCAUGGACAUGGAUGGCACAGGCAGGCUGAAUCUACAAGAGUUACGACUGUUAUGGAAUAAGAUCAAACAGUGGCAGGGAAUCUUUAAGCACUAUGAUACUGAGCAGACUGGUUCCAUUAGCAGCUAUGAGAUGAGGAAUGCCAUUAAUGAUGCAGGGUUCCGUCUCAACAACCAGCUGUAUGACAUUAUCACCAUGCACUAUGCCAACGAGAGCAUGAACAUCGACUUUGACAGCUUCAUCAGUUGUAUUGUGCGUUUGGAGGGCAUGUUUAGAGCCUUUCAAGCAUUUGACCAGGAUGGACAUGGCACAAUCAGGCUGUCUAUUCUGGAGUGGCUCCAGCUGACUCUCUACGCCUAGACGCACUUAUCAUCCAAAUAAGCCUGAAAAGCAGGACCAGAACCACCAGCUAUUACCUCAACACUCAGUGUGCCAAACCUCUGCUACCUAUCCCGAUGUACUUUUAACCUCACUCUAGUACCACCGUUUCCUCUUAAUCUUAAAGGCAUCUACACCACACACAUCUAAACCUUUACAUCACUCCAAUCUGCACUAUUCACCUGUUUAAACAUUCUUCAUUCUCAAGGUCUCAGGGCACCUCCUCCUCCUGUUCGUCAUUCUUCUAUUUCCAUCUUCACCUCUUAAACCACAGCGGAAACUCUCAUUUCCUGUACCAAUACAGUACCUCAGAUUGCUUCUUAUACACCUCCACUGUAUGUUCAUCUUUUAACGAAUCUCUUAGCUAGACAUAACCAGACUGUGAGAAGCAAAUCCAUAAACUUGAUUAUAAUUUUUGAUAUGACUUCUACUUAGGUGCCUUGUCUCAAGACUAUUACAUUUUAUCAGGGGAAAAUCCACAUGCUGUUUAAAGGAACAUUGUUUUUAAAUUGUAUAGUGGAAAGAGCAGAAGCAGAGCGAGGAAAGAACCAACCCAAAGGAUUCCAAAGCAGCACUCAACCAUCAAAUGCAGAUAAUCAGGGUUUGUUUCCACUGCAUAUAGAGGAAGGAUGUAGGCUUCUAUAUGUAAUUACUAUUUCAGGUUCGGUCACCAUUUCAUUAAAUACAGUAAAUGAUUGCUCAGUUCUUAAAUAAAGUGUUCU